ACUGAUGAAGACUGUAUUCCUCAAAUCUACAACAAGGAGUUGCUGCAAAAAAUAGAAGCAUCAACAAUCAACUUUUCCAUUUCUCUUUGUCUCUCUCAUACACACACACACACACACACACACACACACACACACACACACGCGUGUGCGCACACACACACUAUUAAAAGCGGUGAUUCAGACAUUUCCUGUGAAAUACAUCCUAGCAAAUUCAUUGGCAGAGGCAUUAGAUGAACAGCUUACCUGGGGCUUACCGUGAAAUGCAGCCCAGAGAACAAGAAAUAUAAGCAAAAAGUUUGCUCUGGUUCUGUUUACCUACACCAUCCCCUUGUGGGGUGUAUCUUCAUCAUCAUGAAUCCUGCUCAACUUCACAUUUUAAAAAAUCGAGACUAUAUGAAAGACCUCCGCAGGUACCUGGUGUUCAAAUACAUCCAGUAUCUAGUCCUCCCUUCUCCAAACAUCAUCAUGACUCUGCUGGGAUCUCUUGCCAGUGUGUAUGUCAUGCUGGUCUUGACAUUUCCUUCGGUUUCCAGAAAACCCACUGCGGUGUUGAUUGGUAGCAUAGCCCAGGCAGACAUCUUAGUUGGCUGCAGCAUGCUUUCUGCCGUCUCAGAAGGCAUCAUAGAGAGUGAGUCAUCGUCAGCUUCUUUUCAGUCAGCCUUGAGGCAGAACUUCCAAAUUGCAAAUAUACAUGCCAGUUCCCUUUUACUCAGCUGUGUUACCCUUGAGGCUUUUCUGAUUACUUUUCUUCCAGUAGAGACACGCCACGUAAGGAAUGUUAGAUGUGCCACAGUCACUUCUAAACUCAUCUGGGCUGUUGUAAGUAUCGAGUGUUUUCUCUAUCAGCUUGAGUGUGUCAAAGGCCUUAACAUCUCCUAUCUUGGCAUCCAAAGGCAAGUUCAGCUAUUGAUGAGUUUCUUUUAUGAAGCCAUAAGGCUGAUGAAAUUACUUACUUACCCCAUUGGAGUUCUUCUGAGAAUCUUCAAUGUGUAUCUUUUUUAUAAAAUGUAUUUCCGAGACAAGUAUAGUUAGUUUUUCGGGACUGUGAGAUAGAUUAGUGCUCCAGUUGUUUUGUCAAACAGUCACAUUUAUGAUGCUGUGAAGGUAUUUUAUAGCUGUGAUUAGCUUUUAGUUUGUUAAUAUUAAGAAAAUAUAUUAACAUCCGUAGUGUACAUGGCUUCAUCUAAACAGUGAGAACAUGAAAAGCAGACUUUCCAGGGAAAGGACUAUUGUCUGAAGACUGCUCACUUGACUUUCCAAGCUCUUAUUUUCACUGCACAUUUCAGCAUCAAGACUACAGCACCUGUGUCCCUGAUGUUCCAGCCUGGUGGCCCGCCCCACAGAAUUUGAACUCUCCAGCUCUGAAAAAUCAUGUGAGAGUUAAAAAUAAAGAGAAAAUACAGCUUGCUCAGUCUGUAUAGCGUUACUUGUAUGUAUCUAUGAUUUCAGGACUGACCACCUGGUAUUGGGUAUCCAAUUAGUGUGCUCUUCCCUGGGGAAGACUAUUUCUCCAGCUCUCAGCAGUCCUUAGUUGCCUAUAGUUCUUUGUCUAGAUUCGGGAUCCUGUGAGAGUUCCUUCAUCCCUGUUAGCAUGUUUGUUAUGGCCAUCCUUGUUCAGGUCAUGUUUAGAUGGGCAUGUUGGAGAGCCUUCAUGGAUGAAGUUUCUGACAUUAUCAGGAGACACAAUAUUAUAGCAAACUUUAUUUUCUCUAGCUCUUAGACUGUUUCUAUCAUCUCUUCUGCAAUUACAAUUGAUGAAAAAAUUGGAUAUUUGGCAAAGACUGGAGAGAGGGAGAAGUGGAAAAAUGCUGUAAUCAUAUUAUAAUUUCAAAAAUAAGCUGGUUGCUGCCGCUGCAGAGAGCCCCUGGGCAGCACCCCACGAGCGAACCUGAGCCUCUGGACCACAGGUAAGACCAAAUUUUCUGCUGCAAGAAAGCUGCCUGGUGAGCUUGGGACACGGAAGCAGAAUUUCUCUAGGAGGCACGGUCUGUGUUUACCGGAAGUCCCACACCCGCGGAUCCCGGCCCGCAGCAGCUCUCUGCUCCCAGACCCGGUGAGAGAGAGACCCAACCGCCUGGUCAGGUGGGCACUCCUGAGGCUGCAGAGCGGAAGAGACCACCAACACUGCUCACCCCUGCCCACAUCCCUGGCCCAAGAGGAAACUGUAUAAGGCCUCUGGGCUCCCGUGGGGGAGGGCCCAGGAGCGGCAGGACUUCUGCGCCUGAGACACCGCCGGAACCUGAAAGAAACAGACCGGAUAAACAGUUCUCUGCACCCAAAUCCCGUGGGAGGGAGAGCUAAACCUUCAGAGAGGCAGACAAGCCUGGGAAACCAGAAGAGACUGCUCCCUGCACACACAUCUCGGACGCCAGAGGAAAAAGCCAAAGACCAUCUGGAACCCUGGUGCACUGAAGCUCCCGGAAGGGGCGGCACAGGUCUUCCUGGUUGCUGCCGCUGCAGAGAGCCCCUGGGCAGCACCCCACGAGCGAACCUGAGCCUCGGGACCACAGGUAAGACCAAAUUUUCUGCUGCAAGAAAGCUGCCUGGUGAACUCAAGACACAGGCCCACAGGAACAGCUGAAGACCUGUAGAGAGGAAAAACUACACGCCGGAAAGCAGAACACACUGUCCCCAUAACUGACUGAAAGAGAGGAAAACAGGUCUACAGCACUCCUGACACACAGGCUUAUAGGUCAGUCUAGCCACUGUCAGAAAUAGCAGAACAAAGUAACACUAGAGAUAAUCUGAUGGCGAGAGGCAAGCGCAGGAACCCAAGCAACAGAAACCAAGACUGCAUGCCAUCAUCGGAGCCCAAUUCUCCCGCCAAAACAAACAUGGAAUAUCCAAACACACCAGAAAAGCAAGAUCUAGUUUCAAAAUCAUAUUUGAUCAUGAUGCUGGAGGACUUCAAGAAAGACAUGAACACACUUAGGGAAACACAGGAAAUCAUUAAUAAACAAGUAGAGGCCUACAGAGAGGAAUGGCAAAAAUCCCUGAAAGAAUUCCAGGAAAACACAAUCAAACAGAUGAAGGAAUUAAAAAUGGAAAUAGAAGCAAUCAAGAAAGAACACAUGGAAACAACCCUGGAUAUAGAAAACCAAAAGAAGAGACA